UUCCGCCGUAAGCACGUGUUUACAAAUAAUAUCCGUACAAGUCUAUUGGUGAAAAUCAGGUACGGUGUUGGCUACUCGAGGCACCUAACUUUGAAUAAUUUCCCGGUAAAUUAUUGUAACAAGACGAGCGAUGGAAAGCAGAAAAUAUUCAAUUAGUGUUAAAGAGGAGCCGCAUGACAAUUGUGAAGAUGUAGUCAACGAGUGUGUCGAUCCGCGGGUCUCAGUGAAAACCGAAAAAUCUGAUGAAUCGUCGUUGAAUGAAUCGUCGGAGAAGAAUAUUCUGAUCGAUUUCGAGUGCCAAAAUGUAAAACUUGAACGUAAGCCCUCAUUGACGACCAUCUGCCAACCUACUGCAAAAAUAGAAAUUCCAACAAAUGACUUGAACCAAGAAAGGCUAAUUAUUUUAAUUAAAAAAGGAUUCAAUUACGAUAAUAACCGUCGGUUUAACACGCGAGAAAAAGCGAGUUUGACAAGACAAAUAAAAGCGACAUACAAAGGCGUUGGACCAUCUGAAUGUGAAAUUCGUCACAAAUCAUUUGUAUACCCGAGUAAUCUUAAACAGCACAUGAAGCAAGGACAUAAUAAGAGACCCUUCCAGUGUGAAAUUUGUCAAAGACCAUUUAGACAAAAAGGUCAUCUCAAUGUUCACAUAAAUUCAGUACAUAAUGGUAUCAAGCCCUUUGAAUGUGACAUUUGCCACCAAUCAUAUGGUCGCAAGGUAACGCUCAAACGUCACAUAAGUACAGUACAUAAUCGGAGCAAACCUUUUGAGUGUGAGAUUUGUCACAAAUCGUUUGGAGAAAAGAGUAACUUCAAUAGACACAUACAUUUAGUACAUAAUCACAGCAAACUUUUCGAGUGUGAUAUUUGUCAAAAAUCAUUUUCAUCCAAGACUUACGUCGAUAUUCACAUUGAUUCAGUACAUAAUGGUAACAAAUCACACGAGUGUGAAAUUUGUUACAAAUCAUUUGGAUACAAGGGUAAUCUUAAAAGUCACAUGAAUACAGUUCAUGGUCGGAGCAAACCCUUUGAAUGUGGUCAAUGUCACAAGUCAUAUGGACAAAAAGGUGACCUCAAGCGACACAUAAGUGUGGUACAUGAUCAAAGUAAACCCUUUGAGUGUGAUAUUUGUCAAAAAUCAUUUGGACGAAAAACUGCCCUCAAUCGUCACAAAAAUGAAGUACAUGUUCGGAGCAAACCCUUCGAAUGUGAUAUUUGUCAAAAAUCAUUUGGACGAAAAAGUGACCUCAAGCAGCACGUAAGUGUGGUACAUACUCGGAGCAAACUUUUCGAGUGUACUUUUUGUCAAAAAUCAUUUGGACGAAAAAGUAACCUCAAGCGACACAUUAGUAAGUGUGGUACAUAGUCGGAGCAAAUUUUCGAGUGUGAUAUUCGCCACAAAUCAUUUGGAUAUCAGAGACUCUUAAAUAUCACAUAAAUGUAGUACAUAAUCAUAACAAACCCUUUGAAUAUGAUAUUUGCCACAAGUUAUUGGACAAAAAAGUACACUCGAAUUUCACAUCAGUUUGGUACAUGAUAUUGUCACAAAUCAUUUGGAUACCUGAAUUUACUCAAAUCGAACAUAAAAGCAGUUCAUAAACGGAACAAACCCUUUGAAUUCAACUUGUGUCACAAAUCAUUUGAAUAAAAGAAUAUACUCAAAAGGCACACUAUGAAAGUACAUAAUCAAAGCCAACCUUAGAAUUAUGGAAUUUAUUGAAAACAUUUGAACGCAAUGAAGAAUUUUGUAAUCAAACGGGUUAUAACACUACGUUAUUUUAGACAACCUUUCUCAUGAAGAAUAAAGCU